GCGGUUAACUUGGGAAAUGGGGCAGGAUUUUGCAAAUGAGGGGUGGGAUGAAGUGGGAAGCAGGGUCGUGAUGGGGGGGUUGGGAGGACCUUAGGCUCCCCUACCAGUUAGUCCAGAAAUCAAGAGCGAGGAGCGGGAGCAGGUAACGAGAGAUGGCUAGGCGUAUGACGCUUUGGGAAACUCGGCCGCGAGGGAUCUUGCCGCCACGUUUCUUGGAUAGAAGGGUGGAGGUUAGCCUGCCCUCCAGGSGCGGGGUGUAUAAUCCGGUGAUGGACUGGGUUGGGGUAGAACUGGUAGAGGACACGGUGUACCUGGUGGUGGAACUAGAAUGGCGCGCAAGGGGUGAGUUUGGGGGCACCAACCUAGAAUUGCCAGGACGGGUGCGCGCGACAGGGUCCCUAUACUUGUCGGAGGCGGGAUGGCGGACCUUCGGGGUGGCCUUGGCGGAUGGCGGUGACCCUGUACGGAUGUUUGACGGGGCGUGGCAGGUGACCUGGAGGGAAGGGUUUGCGUUCGCCAACCCGGACCGGGAUGACGUGACGGCGACCGCCCGGGUGGUCGAGGUAGGAGCUAGUAUCUUGCCUUAUGAAAAUGUGCGCAUGGUCUUGCCACCCUUUUUGCUUGAGCGAAUGGGAGGGGUAGAAUGUGCUGAGAUGGCAGUAAUAGUCCUGGGUAGGUUGAGUUUUAGUAACAUGACCGUAUAUCGAGAAUACUACCGGGCCUUUCUGGAACUAGGGCCGUUCGAUGAGGAGCAGGAGUACGAGGUGCUAAACAUUCUACAGGCCGUAGUGGGCACUAGACCUGGAAUACCGACGGUAACCGAGGAAGUCGUGUGGGAGAUAGCUAGGUGCGAGAUAGGAUGCGGGCUGACGAAGGAAAACAUGGCCACGGGAGACGAGGCUGGAAGUCAAUUGAGGGACGGAAAUCAGGACGUAGAGGAUGACGUAGAUCAAGAAGAGCAGGACCUAGGGGAUCGGGGGUCGGCAAAGUCACUAGGAAACAGGGAGAGGAGCAAGGACGCUGUGCCCGGGGAAGAUUCAGGAAAGAGCAGGGGAAGUAAACGGGGGACUCCGGGAACCAAGGAAGUCAGAGACAGGGAGAGUCCGGCUCGUCAGCAGCCCGAGGGGACGGAGCCGAAAAAGGUUAGGCUAACGGAUGCACGGAGAAAGCUAGCCGAAGUAGAGAGACGCACGACAGAAUACAGGGCAAAACUAUUGAAAGAGAUCAUGAACGAUGCCGAGAAAAAUGUCGCUGAUGACAGGACGUGGGAAGAAGGGGAACUGGACCUCGGGCAAGGAAGCCAGGAUGGGGAUGCACAACACAGGAAGGACUGGCCCAGAGACACGAGGGACACCCCAACAAGGAAAGGGAAAGAAGGAAUAAAAUUCCUUAGGGAGGAUAGGGAUAGACCAGUCAAUCCACCCCUACUGGACAGCAGAGCAAGCCGACCCUCGGCGUCGCCUGUAAGUGCAAGAGGAUGCGAGGGACUCUGGAGCCUGAGGGAAAGGGUGCUAGGAUGGUUUGACCCGGAAGGGAUUGCAAAGCCAAAAGGGCAACUCGAUUUUAGCAAGGAAGGCGCCAGUCCGAGUUCCGCAACAGGACCCGGGAUGAUUGAGGGAGGGCUUAGGAAGGUGGUGUCGUCCCUCACGCGUGCUCUAAGCAAAAACCAGGGAUACUUGGCCGACGCCAAGAAAAAGCUGACUUUCGAUGGCGGAAACAUCACCAAGUUCCUAAUCGAUUAUGAAAAUCUAGCAGCCUUACUAAGAUGGAUUGAGGAGGAAAAGAUGGAGCACCUAGGCCAGCAUGUAGUGACGGACCGAAUAAUGAGCAAGUACUUCCUAAAGCAGUUCACCGAGUUUGACAAGGAUAAGAUCUUGUCCGCCUACCAGCAGACAGCAAAGUUCCUGAACACUAGAGACGUAGAUUUCAGCACUAUAACGGAUAUUGCAGAGAAGAUGGUGGUGACUGACUCGUUGGCCCUGCUAAAAGAAGGAGAGAUCAUAGAUUUGACAGGCAAGGUUGAAGAUAAAGUGAAGAAAGGAAUCGAAAGCCUGCAUGAGCGGGUCCACGGGGUUGACGGCAAGAUAGAGAGAGUAGAGAAUGCCUUACUGGUGAUGCAAGCCCAAGUCUCGCAAACGCAAGCAGUACGACCCCCCCUCCCGCCACAAGAGGCAAUCGUACCCCCCCGGAUAGCCAACCGCGGUAAUAAUCGAAAGGACCCGGCCAAUGAGCAGUGCAAGUACUGCACGAUAGUCGGGCAUUUUGUCCGCAUGUGUCCCAGGCUUAACCACGAUAUCAUUCUUAAACAGUGCUUUAGAACUUUGUGCGGGGAAAUCCUGGGGCCACGAGGAGAGAGGGUAAACUGGAACUCGCCGGGAGGGAUGCGCAGAGCAGUAAUCGCACUCAACAACCUGGAUGCAGCCGCGGUUGAGGCCGAACCAGUAGAGGAACUUACCUGGGGACAGGCACCCGGGCGAGGGCACCAGGUCAACUUCAUCACCGAGAGUGAUGACCGCGACGGGGUUAAUGUGACCACCAGACAACGGGGUGCUACAAAGAAGGUAAUUCAGGACGCGGUCAUGGAAGACGUGCAGGAAGGGUCGAAUCCGCCAGCAGAAUCGGACCAGGACAAAGUUUACGGCAAGCCUAGGGAGGAGGCGCCCGUAGACAAAGUAACAUCCGCAAAGAAGAAAUUCAGGUACCAGAUCCCUAUCCUUGUCGAUCCUGAGAUAGACCACACUCUUAGCCAGUUGCUAGGGACCAUGGUAUCGGUUUCCUUCCAUACCAUGUUGCAGGUUAGUCCUAGACUACUAAAGGGCCUAAGACAGCUGCUAACAAGGCAAAGGGUGGAAGUAGCGGAGGAACCGGAUGUACGCGAAGAAGGCAAGGAAGAGGAGCCACCGCGGGAAGUGGCAAACCUUCAGAGGGCCCCCGGGGAUCUGGAAGAUCUAGAGAAGGCCUUCGCAGACAUCCGGCUAAGUCUGCCAGACCGGGAAGGCGGAGAAGUCAUGAGGGCACCGCCUGGCACGAAACUGAGUUUCCAUGCGCUACCGGUAGGGAAACUGAAAGUCCAGAUUGGCAUCCACCACAUGGAUGCACUGGUAGAUGGCAGGGCAGAAAUCACACUCAUUUGCAAGGACUUUGCAACAAUUGCUGGGUGCCCAAUCAAUUGGGAGGUCACGGGGAGUGUCCGGGGAGCAGACCCGACUGUUGGAAGAUGGGUAGGAUUUAUCUGGCAGUUCGACUAUAAGAUUGAGCUCAUAGCCAGCCUUAGGAAUCGAGCAGACGGACUGAGCAGGGUGGCUCUCACACCCGAAGGGCUAGAAGAGGCAGAGCCGAUCGACGCGUUCCUCGACUACGAGGGCGGGACGCUGGUAGUAGACAGCAAGAUGGCCGGAACCACUUGCACAACUGGGGAGCUAUUGAUCAAAGCACUCGAAAAAGGGCCUCUGGCAGUGGUUGCCGAGUUAAGGGAGGGAACGGUCACCAGAGUUGGAAGGAGGGAAGAGAAGGACGCCUGUGGUAGUGUUGUGAAGCCCCGGGACGAACAAAUCGCACUAGCCAUUGAGGGAGGCUGGAGAAGGGUUAUGAGCAUGCUGGAGUCUCAGAAGCUGGAGAUGCAGCACUAUCAGGCCUAUCAGGUGGAUAAUAAUCAGACGGGUACUCAGGAAGAAGAGCAGUUCUUCCUCAUCAAGUCAUAUGAAGGUUUGUUCAGAGAAAUUGGGUUGCUACUGGUGGGAAACAAGGAACCCCACGAGGUUAGUCCUAAAGCUAGGGAGGAAGCGGAUAGGUAUGUGCUUAGAAAGGGGCACCUAUUCCGAAAGGAGGAAGGCCUGACGCCCAGGAGAGUAGUCUGUGGAAGGAUGCGACGACUCGACAUUAUUCAGGCCAUGCAUGACGGAUUGGCCGGUGGCCAUCGGUCAUCCAAAGGGACCUUAGCCAAGAUAACGCCACUCUAUUAUUGGCCGGGAAUGGCAUCGAUGGUAGCCACGUACUGCCAGACCUGCAAAAUCUGCCAGGAACGAAGCACGGUCCGCAUUUUCGAGCCACUUAGACCCACCCGCGUACUGGGGCCAUGGCAUAUGGUACAUCUCCACCUGGCAGUCAUGUCGGUUUCCAGAAAAGGGUACAGGUACAUACUUGACGCAAGGGAUAACCUUAGUGGGUUUGUCGAGGCAACCGCGCUCAAGAAGAAAACUGGGUUUGCAGCUGCAGACUAGGUGGAGGACUUUUAUCUGAGGCACCCGUUCAUUAGGAGAUUCAUAGCCGACAAUGU